GCCCACGAAAAUGGCGACUUCCAGGAGAAGCGUGGGGAAUACGAGUGCACAGUUAGAAGAUGAUGAUGCAUUCGUUUAUGUUUUUGAUCGAAGAGACAGCGACGUUCCUGAAAUCAAAAUUCCAACUGGAGGUCUUUUCACCUAUGUGGAUUUCAAAGCGCGUGUUCGUGAAGCACUCGAGAUAAAGAAAUCUGAGUCUUUCGUGAUAGCAACGACCAACAGAGAGGAGAUUAAAGAUGACGAUUCAUGGGAUAUUAUUGACAAAGGAGAUACACUCUACAUACUACGAAAUAUUCAGCAGGAGUUAUGUGCCCCUGCACAGCAGCGCGUCAGUUAUCUACCCCAUUAUGAUACUAUUGUCAAAGGAGGAAUGUAUGAAUACUACGCCUCGGAAGGACAGAAUCCACUCCCCUAUGCAUUUGCUGAGUUGAUUGACAAUGCUUUGGCUGCAACCUCAAAUAACCUGGGAUCUCGCUCCAUAGAAAUCCGCCUGCACAUCGAUGACGGUAACCCAAGUAAGAAUUGUGUCUAUGUCAUAGACAACGGGAAAGGAAUGACGCCACGACAGCUCAACAAUUGGGCGAUCUACAGACUCUCAAAGUUCAUCCGCAAGGACAAGCGGGGGAAAGUAAGCUUUGGUGGGGAUGAAGAUGAUGAUAAAAAGCUACCUCAGAGUUCCACGCACACCCCACUGUCCCUCAAUAGUGACAUAUCCUACUUCGGAGUGGGAGGGAAGCAGGCCAUCUUCUUUAUAGGGAAUUCAACAAGGAUGAUAACAAAACCACAGGAGUCGAAGGACGUCCACGAACUCACUAUAUCAAAAGAGGAGUUCCAGUUGAAGGAAAAGAACCAGGAGGCCAUCUAUAGUGGUUAUAUCCGAAACAGACAGCCUGGAGACUCAUCGCACAUAGUUGCUGAAGAUGAUAUUCUUGGAAAGAUAAUCGAGGAAGAGAAAGACCGAGAACACUUCACAGUGGUCGAGAUCCAUGGGAUUAAUCCACAGCACAUGGCCUACCUCAAACUGCACAUGAAACAGUGGACUCGACAGCUAGCUCAUAUCUACCAUUACUACAUCCACGGCCCACGGGGAAAUGCAGACACAGACGAUGUCAAUACUGGACGGAUACCCAGUCCCUUCAAAAACAUAGAUAUUGAGGUGAAGCUCUUUACAAAAGGUCAUCCUCAGCCGCGCAUCGUAAAUCUGCGGGAUGUGGACGACGACAUGCAAACCCAGUUCAUACGUACUGCAGCCAGUUCCUUUGAGUUCAAGGCCAACAUAGAAGGGUCAGGGGUCGUAGAGGGAGUACUAAGGUAUCAUCCCUUCCUGUACGAUAGAGAGACGUAUCCCUCCGAUGCCAAUGAUCCCAGAAUUGAACCGGAUGCAUUUGAUGAACAUGAUUAUGCUAUCAACGACCGCCCAGCUAGAGGGAGACGCCCAGUGUUUGAGUGUUACUGGAACGGCCGACUUAUCCCCUACACUUUUAUAGAGAAUUUUGAUUGGUGUGCUGAGCCAAAGAAGAGUAGAACCCUACCGUUGGAGUGUUACAACAGAAUUUCAGGUGUGUUGUUUACAAACGACCAUUUCCAAGUAAGCACCAACAAACUCACAUUCAUUGACCUGGAAAUGAGGUUACGAGAGAAGAACACUGUGUAUUCACAUCUCGUUCAUGGACAGGAGAGAAGAACAGCUAUAGAUCGUGAGUUUGUGACAUGGCUGAAGGAAUGUCACGAUCAGUGCGAUAAGCAGAUUCGAUUCUCACACUUCAAAGGUGUGGUGACCCGCCACGACCUUCCCAAACACAAACAAUAUCCCUGGUCAGUCUACGAGCAGGUCGACUGGGACGGCAGGGCCUUCAAAAAAGGUCAACUGGUGAGGAUACAGAGGACUGUGCCAAUGUUGCUCGGUACCAUCAAGCGUUUUCUACUGUACGGGGAGAAUGAAAAUGACGUGUAUGCAACAGGUGGAGACAUUGAGGUCAGUCAGGAGCCGAAGUCCUUGUACGAUGAGGAGAAAAUCGUGCCCUUGUCUAAGCUUGAUCGUACCUGUUCUUCACAGGCUGUCCGCAAACACAUUGACGAUGAGGAGGCCAAAUUACCGUCCACUCUGAUCGUGAACUGGCCCGAGGGGUACGAGGUGAAGCAGAAUGAGAAAAGGCCUGCAGGGAAAACAGUGGGUGACAUCAAAGUUCAGAUAGCUAACAAGAAAGGAGAGUUGAUCAGCAAACUUCCAGGGACAGCCGUAGUAUCAAAGAAACUCCUGGUAGAGCUCAAGGUCGUGUGGCACUCUAGCAGCGGUGAUGAAGUCAUGGUGUCCCACAUCAGUCAACAUGGCAAGAACUGGCCGUACUGGUUCAGAAAGAUGGAGAACAUCAAAAACCUUGGACCCCACACUUUAUCCUUACAAGUGGUAUUAAAUGAGAGUGGAGCAAACACCUACGCUGGCAAGCAGCUCCCAUCUCACAAGAUCAAGUUUCAAGUCACUGAGGCGGAACCAGAGAAAUUCACAGUCGGAAUGUUAGAUGGGCCAUUCAGAGUUGGAGUUCCGUUCCAGAUUCCUCUAGAGUUUCAGGACGAGUUCAACAACCACAGCAAACCUUCCAUCAAGUUUUCUCCACAACUGGAAGCCAGUGGGCUCGAGUUGAGUUACGACUCGAUACAGAUCAAAGGGUUCAACUUGAUCAUCAAGGGAAUCGUGGCCAAGGGCUCUGUGGCUGGCAGUGCUGGAAAGAGUUUCAUCAUGACCAUAAAAGUACCGGGGCUGGAACAAGACAGUCAGACUCUGAAGAUCAGGCUGUUACCAGGUCCACCCCACAGCCUAUUUGUGGAUUGUAAAGAGGGGCUGGAGAUAGAAAAUGGUAAGGCUCUGGCAUUCAGCGUGGAGGUGAGAGACCAGGCCGACAACCCUACCAGUGACGCCAAACUGGUCAUCACUUGUAAGUUUACUGGUGCAUUUGGAUUGCCAGUCUACACACUAGACUGCUCUGGCAGUGGUACUGGAACACUGACUGGUGACCCCAUCAACUUAAAACAGAUAAGAAACUUCCAGAAACUCACAGCCAUGAUAGAGCUUCAGAAUCACAAGCAGAUGGGCAUUUUGACACGAACUAUCAAAGUGUUACCUAGCAACCGUGUUGCAAGUAUUGAGGUACGGAUGCAGAAUGAGGAUGGCAAGAUAAAUACAUUGAAGUCUGGUUCACUGUCGGGUCGAGCUGGAGAUCAUAUCACCAAUAUCAGUUUCUCCUUAUUCGAUGAAGGUGGAAGAAAAUUGGAAAUAGAUGAAAAAUUAGCAGGGAAAAUAAAAGUAAACUGGGUACAGAAGGUUCCCCGUGAUACUGUGAUGGAAGGGCUUCUGCCCGAUAUCAAAGUUCCCGCCACCAUUCAAGAUGCCAAGUACUGCCAAGUUACAGUGCAGGACUCAAAUAUUGACUUCAAUUUCACUGUAACGCCCACUCCCACUGAGCCCAGCCAGAUCAAUUGUAAAUGCAGUGGUUCCAACAAAGUUCGGAUUGGCGAGACAUUGGACGCACCUAUCCUUGUCACGAUCAAGGACAAGUUUGGCAACGAGAUCACAGAUCUGCCUAAAAAUACAUCUCAAGAAGUUCAAGUCAGUGGUGAUGGUCUUCGAUCAAAUGAGGUCAAGGUCACAUAUUCCAAGGGAAAAUUCAGUAUACAAUCUGUAACACUGGAAGGAGGUAAGACCGGGACUCGGGAUCUGAAAGUUACGUGGAAAGACUUUUUGGAUUUCGUCAAAUUAGAGUUAACGGCUGGACCACCCACAAAGCUAUCAUUACCUGGCUGGGAGGAAGAUGAGACAGUUACUGUAUUGAAUGAGAACAAACUCCCUCGUCCGCUCAUCGUACAGUUGUUGGAUGAUGGAGACAACGAGGUCCAUAUACCUGAUAUCAAGAUACAGCUGGCCAAAGACCCCAAGAUUAAAUUUGUACCAUACCUGAUGCCGCGGAAAUCAAACGCCAGUGGACAGGUAGACUUCGGAACUGUGACUGUGGUGGGACAGAGAGGAAGCUAUGAAUUGGAACCAAGAGCGUUUGUUUCUGGUGAAACUAUCAGCGGUCCAAAGCUAACCAUUCUCAUUCAGCCGGACAUGACACGGCCGGUCGAGAUGAAGGUGGAAUACAACAAGAAGGCGCUAUUCCAGGUCGGAGAGAUGAUGCCAGAGUUCACCAUUCGUAUCCUGGCCGAAGAUGAACAGCCCAUGAAGGGAGCCAAGGCUGCCAGCUUAUCCAUGAAACUCUGGAAAAUGGACGUCCGUACCCAGAACACACCUCCCUCCAGGGCAGUGUCAUUCAGCCCAGAAUCAGUUAAACAGAAUCCAGGUGUUUUCAUCUUCAAAGAAAGGAAGAUUCCCGAGAUGUCUGGAAUACACAACAUUAUGCUAACAUAUUACGACGGUAGAUAUGAGCUGUUCAGCAACGUGAUAACUGUGGAUGUGAAGCCCGGUGCUCCAGUGAGGCUCGGAUCCAUGGAACAGCCAGGCACACCUACUGUAUCAAACACACACAACGCCGCGGCACGCUGUGUUAUACGUAGUCUCAAAAUCGACCUCAGGGACGAGUUUGACAAUACAGCCGGUCUAGGGUACAGUGGUAAAAUUAAUCUGGAGAUAAUGGGUCAGCCUGGAGUGGUUGAAGUACCGUCCUUCGUCGGGGGCAACAGGACACUCCAGUUUACUAUGAACAACGGCCAGUGUGUGUUAUCUAAUCUUACUCUAGCCGAAAACUCCGCUGGAAAAGAUGGCUACGAGUAUUUCCUCCGAUGUAUAGUUGACUGUGAUUUGAUACCCCGCAAUAAAAGUAUUCCACCUUUGGAUAUUCCAUUCCUCUUCUAUAACGAUGCCAAGAAGCAGUCCCAGAUGACGUCGUUGUCACGGCAACGGGAUGACCUCAAAGCUGUGAUAAAAACCUACAAGUCCUUGUUUGAAACAACAGAACAACUAGUCAAGGAGCUCAAAAUAUCUGUACAUGAGGCACAGAUGGAAGAAAACAAGAUAAGGGAAGAUCUCAGAAGGCUAAAGGUUCCUCUUGUCCAUCUACAGAACAUACCAAGUGUUGACAAACUUAUAGAAGAGAAAUCCCGUGGUCGUGAACAAAUUCGGAUGUCGAAACGGAGAACUUGUGGUCUUGCAGAAGCUCCACCAGACAACGAGAUCCUUGGCAAGAUUGGGCACCUUGGUCAGAUAGAGGAAGUAGACAUUGCUCGGGUGUUGUCUUGGCAUAUGUCUGCAGAUAUGGACUGUGUUGUUACACUUACAAACAAAAAGGCUAAAGAAAUAUAUGCACAGACCAAUGGCAAGCAGCAAGUUUUACCGAUCGACUCAAUAUUUAAGAAAAAUCUUCCAGAUUGGAAAAAACCUUUACCUCAUGUGAAAUACAGACCCAACUGGCAUCCUCGUGGUAACCCCAUCUACGCCAGGAAUCUCAUCAUAUUUCCACAGAAUCAAGAAAAGUGCAAGAUAGUGUUUGGCAUGCUGCUGGGUGACACCUUAAUUCUCGACAACCUUGACCAUGCCAAUGAAUACAGACAAGAGCUUGUGAAAUAUACACACUGCCCAACGAUCCUGACUCGUCUCGGCGACCGCAUACGUAGCAAUGGGAAGUUUGGAGGUCUCAUGAACAAAGCUCUAUCUAUAGACAAGCUACGAGGGGCAGUGUUUAGUGAGCCUCUGCCGUCUUCCUUUCAUGAAUUUGCCAACCAAACAGAAUUGCUCCAGAACUAUCGUGUGGCGAUGGAAAAGUCGGGGAAGGCGAAAAACGAACUUUCAGAACAGGUGGCUCACAUGAAGCUGCCAGAAAUGCAGGAGAAAUAUAAAGAGUGUCGGGAGGCGGAGGUCGAACUUAAAGAUGUCGAACAGAAGCUAGGGGUGACAAUGACUACACCAAGAAUCCCAGCAUCAGAAAGAGUCAAGACGAUGCGUCCACCACCGAGCUCCGACGAUGGCCCAUCAGCGUCCAAACGGCCCAAAGUGACGGGUAACCCAACACCACAAACAACAAUUGCUAAUGGUAGCACCACUCCGAGCUCUGCAUCCACCUCCAGUAUUCUCGGCACACCAACAAGAAAAAGUGGCCGACUAGCGUCCAUGUCCCCAGUUACAUCUGACGACGGCAAGAAACGAUUACGACGGACGUAGUACUGUACAGUAUUCAUUAAAUUUCUGUAAAAUUUUUGGGUUUGGUUUACAUGAAUUCAGUAUGAACUUUGCUAGUUUCACAGCUAAACAGUCUAAUGGGUUUAAAAAUGUCUAAUUUAAAAAAAAAAAAUUGUGGCAAUUUUAGUAAACCUGUGAGUUUGUAGUCUCUAAAACAAAAAAUAAUAGUGUUAAGAAUUUGAUUUAGAGAGGAUUAAAUUCUUAUGUCACUUCUGGUGUAACAUUUUGUUAGUGAAAUCUUCAGACUUUCCUGUUUAAAUUCUCCAUGAUCUGUCAGUUGUGGUUUACAAUUGGGUAUAUCAAUAUAAAAUAUAGCCCAUACAGUCUUUAGAUAUAAGCUUGUAUACUAGUCAUGAUAAAUCCUAAACAAGAAUUUAUAUGAUUUGUAAGGCAACAUGUAUUUUUAGUAAUUACUUAUUCAAGCUCAUUUCUAGCUCACCAGUUACGACUAAUGGUGAGCUAAUGCUGUACUGUCGACAUCGACUUUGGCGCCCCACCCCAAGACUUAAAUUUUUGGGUAAGUUUUUGGAAAGCUUGUAAGUCCAAAAGUAUACACCUCACACCCUUCUAAUUUGGUUUAUACAUUCAUUAGAGAUCUAGGAAUGAUGUUAUGGCAAAAUCAUGCAGAAAAAAAUUGUGAUUUUUGUGCAUUUUACCAUUUUGUGGACUUAACUUUUUUGGCACCAAAACCCACUUUUAAAGUUUUUGGAGUAAGCUCUUUGAAAAGAUUGUAAGUCCAAAAGUAUACAUCUCACACCCUUCUUAUUUGGUUUAUACAUCCAUAAGAGGUCUAGCUGUGAUAUUAUGUGACCUUCAAUUUCAAAAUGACAUACUUAUACAUACAUAGAAAAUGAGUGCAUGGUGUGAUUGAUGCUGCCGGUGAGCUUCACAAUCAUUGAUUGCACUUGUUUUUUAGGUGAAAACAAAACUUGGUAUUGAUGCCAUUGACCAUCUUGAAUUUUGUUUUGAGGUGAAAACUCCUAAAGUAAUUUGAAUAGUGGAAUUUCCUAUAGUUAUGCUGAUACAAAUAAUAUAAUACAGUGUCGGUCUCGUCAAGUUCAGUAUUUUGUCAGAUAAUUCAACUUUGAUUUUAGCUCGUGGAGUGUCUACACAGAGGUUUUCAUCAUAUAAACCUUAAAACUACUGGAAAUUAUUAUCAAUUCUGAAGUCAAAUGAUAUUUCAUUUCUAAAAUAAUCAAAAUAAUGGUUGAAAUGUUUCGAUUAUCAUUAAAUACAGGUAAAUAAAUGGCACUUUGAAGGGCUAUGUCUUACUAGAUAUUUGAUAAAGAUUAUCAUUAAAUACAGGCAACACACAAAUUGGAUUUGAAGGGCUAUGACUAGAUAUUUGAUCACUUUUGAAGUUACUUUAACAAAAUAUAAAAUCUUCAUGUUAGUAAAAGUUCUACUGUAUAAGGAAAAAGAGAACAAAAUGAGUUUUAUAGACUUUUAAAUAUGUAUCCCGAUUGUAAAUAUGUCAUAUAAAGAGUCCUUGGUAUAUUAUUAUUGUUCAGUAUGUAAUCCGUUUCCCUUGGUCUCCACAACAGUCUCUGAUGACAUUUCCAUAUUGGCAGCUAUCACUUUCAUCUGUCAUAAUUCAUAGUAGUUUUUAUAGAGUACACUUCACUAUGGCCACUUAUGCACGACCGUCUUGAGGAGUGAUAUUACACUUGAGAUGGUGCGUGUGGCAUACAACUUUUCUGUACUAUAUAUGGGUAAUUAUUUAGCUCAAACUGCCCAGGUUCAUACUACCCUGUGAUAAACAAUAAAGUAGUUAUUUGAUUGAAUUUUUUUCAUGCAUGCUAAAUAUAUAUAAAAAAAAAACUUAAAUAGAUGUGUGUACCGACUGCUGUACCAAAUGAUUUUUGAAAACUGGCGAUUGUCAGCCAUUUCAUCCAGGCAUGGCUAGACUAACUAUCCCUGUCCUGGUCUGUGAUGGUCGUAAGUCGUGCAUAUUCAACCAUUCCAACCAUUUUGAUUGGUUACAGGAAAGUACCCUAAUUGUACCUUAUUUGUAUGUAUACACAAGGGUAAGAUAUUGUCUGCUUAAAGGGAGGUAACUUGUUAUUUUCAAACCAUUUUGUAUUAUAGCAUUUUAUAUAUAUUGAAAAUGUGUUCUUUUCUGUUUCAACACUUGUACGUAAAUAAGAAGAUGAUUUGACAAUAGGCUUUUAUCAGCUUCUGUGAUGUUAAGUUGAAAAGUGUUUUAUGAAAGUGAAUUUCUGAUGAUUUAAGCCUCUGUGAAUGUACAAGUAUGUGCUCUAUGUGAUAGGUGUAUGUUGAUCCAGAGAUAUCAUUGGUAACAUAUUGAAAUAUAUUUCAGGUGUAAAUUAAAUAAGUUUCAAUCCAGUAGGCUUAUUCAUGGAUUUGGGUUGUUAGUCAAAAUUAUUGCUGUUUUGAGUUUGGGCAGUUGAGCUUAUACUUUGACUUGGUGUCUGUUGUCAUGCAUUGCAAACAUUUCCACUUAAACAACGGCUCAUUAACCAAGAGGGCCAGGACAUGAUAUUAGGCUAGGAGAAUGCUAUAAUGAAGGGCUACCAAGUUGUUCAAAUUGAGUCACCUUGACCUACUUCCAAGGUAACAGGGGCAAAUGUGUUAAGAAAUGUUUAAGCAAUUUUUUUCAGUAACCAAGCAGUCUUUGGUUAUGAUAUUGGGCCUGUUGAAUGCUGGGAUAAAGGGCUACAAUUUUUUUGUAUUUUUUUUUUUUUUUUCAAAUGGAUGGCCUUGACCUUCUUUCAAGGUCACAGGGAUAAAAAAUGUGAAGAUUUUUUUUUUAAAAGCAAUAUAGUUUAUAGUGCCAUUAUACUUGACCAGAGGGAUUAAUUGCUACAACGUUUUAUUAAAUGAAUAAAUUUUGACAACUCUUAUAUCUGAAUGAAGUGGUAGUUAGCUCUAGGUCAGAUUUAAAUUUAAAACAGAUAAGCGAUACAGGCCCAUUAUGUCUUUUGUUAUUUCUCACACAAAAAUAAGAGUACCAAUGUUUUAAAUGUAAUAUUAACCUGUCAUAGAGCUGAUGUACUUAUUGCCUGUAUCAAAAUCCUGGAGUCUACCAGAUUAAUAUCACUGGUCUUCCUGUGGAAUUGAUUUGGUGUAAACCAAGCACACUUCAAUUUUAUGUGGUGUUUUGUUUUUGAUUAAUUGAAUGGUGUUUACUAUUAUUUUGCCUCCUUUCAUUUUGCCUCAUCUUUAAGUUAUACUGCAUCAGAUCAAGCCGAUAUAAAAGCCAUACCAUGACCAGCUCAGAUUGAGAAAACCGCUGGAAUGGUCUGAUAUUGCUUUACUUCGGAUCAGAAAUAAAAUAAUGUCCACAAAGAAUUUUUCAGAAGCUGGAAUAAUUAGAAUAAUGUUUAAACAUUUCAUGAAAUAUCAUCUAAACACAAAUGUAUGGGACUGAAAUUGAUCAUGAGGUAGUGAUGUCCCUUUGGUCACAGCCCUUCAUUCAGGACUUGACCAAAUAUCUGAUCAACGCAUGUUAGAGACUUUGAUAACCAUAUAUUCCAGUGUUAUGAAGAUAACUUAGGUGUCCUGGCAGUGAUUUUGUGAUUUCUCAAACGAAAGAGAAAAAUAGGUAUACAAUAUAUAUGUUAAUUUACUCCCAAUAGUCAAAUUAUACUGUCUAGUUUCAUUACUUAAAAUUUUGUUGUGUAUGGUGUCAUCAUUUUAUGUGUACAAAUUUAUGUGACAUCAUACUCAGCAGUUGUCAUGGUGAUAGGAUGGACGGUUUUAUGAACAAUGAUGUAUCAUGCUGUCAAUAAUUAUACAAUAUCAUGUUUUAUUUUAGCAAUUUGUUGACUGUGUCGUGAAAUUUUAGUAAUAUGUUGCUUUGUUACUCUGUAAAUUUUUUGUACAUUUUCCAAAUUCAUAGGAAUAUAUAUACAUGUAUAAGGACAUCACUUUUAUGAAAAUAAAAAUGUUGUAAAUUAC